CAGGUCUGUGUCUGGAGUACGAGGAGGGAGGGAAACUAUGGAAAGGGGAACGGUGGCGGUGAAGAAAUGACAAGUUUGGGAGUAUAAAUUUCACAAGAGUUGUCUACUGGGGAGUCUUCCGCGCAUAGGACGAUGAAACAAGUGACCAUAGGAGAUGGCCACCACAUUACGCAUGAUUUGAGGUAAGGGCGCCGGAGAAUCUCAGCGGGGCCCUUGGCACUGGUCGAGAGAGAACAACAAUAGUGGAACAAGAAACAAGGAAAUACUUAGUUAUAUCUCUUCCCAAGACACUCCCUGUAAAUCUUUGAAAAUGAUAAAAGCCGAGAGCAAAGGAGAAAGGACUCUGAGGAGUGCGUCGCCGCAUAGAAAUGCAUACAAGUCGGACUUCCAUGCUAUCAAGUGCUCAUUUGAUGGGACGAAAUCCGAAGGUGCUGCAAAGACGUAUGCAAAUGGGUCUAGCGACACCCGGGAGGACACGAGGGGGAGGCCUUUUGGCAAUCGGGUGAACAAGAUAAAGAAUAUUUUCCUGCAAAUGGAUGGUCAGCAGCAAGAGAGUCAAGAGGUGAAAUCUGAUGUGUUGCUGGUCUCCCCACCAAAGGUACCAUUUGCAGUCAUCACACACAAAACAAGCUUGAGCAGUGCCACUAGCCCAGAAUCUCAAAGUCUAGACAAAAACCCCAAGGGAGAAGAUGUCGAAAUUGACAAAGCAGCUUUGGCAGAGAAGUUUUGCUCGACCAGAAAACUCUUUGAGAGGAGCAUCAAAGAACAACCCGCAGCGGAGAAGUCUACCAACAGAGUUGUAAGCCGGGUGUCCCUGGGCAGUGUGUCUGAUGGGGGGAAAAGUACCAGGAGAUUGUCGGGGUCCACUGAGACAAGCAACAUCAAAACAGAGCCAGGUCCUACACCGUUGGUGAAAAGCCGGCCGGAUGAGAGGAGUGAUACUGAGGAGACAAAACACGUGUCCAGGCUGUCACUGAAUGCUGGACCCCUGUCCAAGCGGCUAGACAACUUCAUUGUGGACAGUGACGACGCGGCAAAAGCCACAGAGAUGUCAUCUAAAGUAUGCGGUCCCACUGAUCGCUCACUACCUACGUCUCUGACAAGGGAAGGUUUGUAUAAAUCCACCACUCCAACUAGUGAUGCCACUAACAAACCCACCUCCAUCGUUACCGGUGUCAUUCUCAAACCAACCUCCCCAGUCACUAACGCCACCCGAAAACAUAUUUCCCCAACAGCCAAUGCCACCCAAAAACCCAUCUCCCCAGAGCCCGUAUCCCCGGGCGGCCAAAGCUCUUACAAGCGCUCCGCCUCAACCAGUGAUGGUUUCAGUAGACCAUCUGUGAGUAGCGAUGGAGUAAAACCCUCCAGCCCAUCCCCCAGGGAUCAAAAACAGACUACCACGAUUGCCAGUAGCGUUUACAGUAGCAACAGGGCCAAAACCUCAGACAGUGCCAAGAGUGAUGGGCAUGUGGCACAGAGUCUCACCAUGGAAAAUCCACCUGCCCAGGCCUCAUCUCUGCCUGGUAUGGUCCGGGCUGAGCUCGUAGUGGUCCAAAAUGAGUCAUCCGAGAGCGAGGAGAAUGAAGAUGAGAAUGUCGAAGACAGUGUUUUUGUGGAGAUGAACGUGCACCCCCCUAAAGAGCUCAAAGUUGAGCUAAAAUCACCAGCAAAGGUGAUCAGUCAGAAUGAUGACCCCCAUCGGCAGAUCUUAGAGAAAGAUGAGGGCAAGGAGACCGCGAUUACACUGGAGAAGGAAGGAGGAAGUCAAGUUGAGGAGUUGCAGCAGUAUGAACUGAAAGAGGAGAGGAGGGAAGACACCAGUCCUGUAAAUCAAACUGGGGGUUGCAAUGAGGAAGAGGUGGAUGAGGAGGUUGCUGAGGAGGAGAGUGAACAGGUGGAACAAAGAAUCAGGGGCAAGGUUUCCCCAGUGGUGUACGGCAUAGAGAACGCAGCAUUUGUGGACGAUAGGGAUACUGACCAGAUCCUCGAGGAGGAACAAGAGCAGGAAGAGCAGCCCUGUGAGGAGAAGUAUGAAGAGGACUUUGAGGAUGCCCCUGGACUCUCAGAUGAGGAGGAACCAGAACCACGGAGGAAGAUCAAGUUCUCAACAUCACCAAUACGGGUGUUCAGCACCUACUCUAACGAGGAAUACGACCGGCGCAACGAUGAGGUGGACCCCGUGGCGGCGUCGGCUGAGUACGAGCUGGAGAAGAGGGUGGAGAAGAUGGACGUAUUCCCCGUGGAAAUUGAAAAGGGAGAUAACGGCCUGGGCAUCAGUAUCAUAGGGAUGGGAGUGGGAGCUGACCAGGGCCUGGAGAAACUGGGAAUCUUUGUGAAGACCAUAACAGAGCGGGGAGCGGCUGAACGGGAUGGCAGGAUCCAGGUGAAUGACCAGAUAGUGGAGGUGGAUGGGAUAAGUCUGGUGGGAGUGACUCAGCUGUUUGCUGCUACAGUCCUGAAGAACACUAAAGGAACGGUCAGCUUUCUGAUUGGCCGGGAGAAGCCGGGGACACAGAGCGAGGUGGCGCGUCUGAUCAGCGAGACUCUGGAGCAGGAGAAGAGCCAGCAGGAGCAGCAGCACCGGGACGACCCCUACGAACAGUCCACCGAGGAGGAGGAGCACUACGAGGAGGAAGACGGAGAGGAGGAAGAUAUGCUAAGGUCUAGUUUCUCUGGCGGAAGGACGGUGGAGGUGUUUGACCUGCCGGAGACAGAGGCCAUGUUCAUGCCCUUCAACAUGGACUCCACGCAGAUGGGCUUGAAAUUCCAGGAGCUCCAAGUGAAACACAGCUUAGGAACAACGGCAAUAAACCAACUGAAGGAAAAGUUAAGGACGUCCGAGGAGGACAAAGCAUCCAGGGAGACGAGAGUGGCUGAGUUGGAGCAGAAGAUUGAGAGCAGCAAUGAGAAAAUGUUGAAUCUAGAAGGGUACUGGCUAGAGGCCCAGGCUCUGUGUAAAACUGUCAAUGAGCACCUGUCUGAGACCCAGAGCCAGUACGAGGCCCUGGACAAGAAAUACAACAAGGCCAAGAAACUUCUCAAAGAUUACCAGCAGAAGGAGAUUGACUUUGUGAAGAAGGAGGAGGAGCUGAAGAAAGUUCUAGAUGAGAAGGAUCGAUGGUACAAGGAGCAGCUUGAAAGCCUGCAGGACAGGAUAGCGGUCCUGGAGGGCAGCGGUCCGUCUGCUGACCGCGUGGAGACCCAGUCAGGUCAGGACUUUGCAGAGGAAAGGAGAUGGAGCAGCCAAGGGAGUGAAAGCCCCGUCACCAACACACAGUCUGUGGACUCUCUACUGUUAGAUACAGACUGGAGCGAGCUGGUCCCUGAGACUGACCGCUUGGACACCAGUGCACACAAGGCCAAGGGCUUGCUGGCCCCAAGGAGGAAUCGUCCGUCUCGCAACAAACUGAAGGAGAACCUUGGCGCGUCCCCUUGCCAGUCGCAGGAGAACAAGGAAGAGGGGGAGGAUGCAGAGGAGGACUAUGCCAGGAGGAGGAGGUCCAUCCAGGAGAGCCUGUCCCUGCCAGUGCCCAUCUGUUACCCUGGGAACGGCCAGAAGGACGAGAUCACCGAGGCUGGGGAGAGAUCCAGGAGCAAGCUGGAGCUCUCCAGCAGCUCCUCCCUGCCCCCGUCCCAGAGAAACAGCGCCGAGAGUGGGAGCAGUCCUUCUCUGUCGCCGCCUAAAGAUACCUCUUCGCUCUCGCCACACUCCCCCUCAGGGCUCCUGCGCAAUGUCAAGAAAAGGGAGUCCAAGGGGAAGGGCAAGGAGCUUAAAGAUGAGACAAAUGAGAGUUCUUCAGCAGGAAAACCCAAAAAGACGAUUUUUGGUGGCCUUCGGAAGUCUGGUGGCAAAGGGAAGAAACAUGACAAGGAGGCAAUGCGAGCAUCUCUGGAUAGCAGGGGUUCUGCCGAGCUCCUGGAGGAAUCUGGAGGGAACCUGUCCCCCUCUGAGUCCAUGACCUCUAUACCCACCUGUAUGCCCUUCUCCUGGUUUGGGGACAGAGACAGAGACAGGGACAAGGAGCCCUCGUCCUCCAGCAGCAGCCUACCAUACGCAGCCACUGAGACCAGCAGCGAGCAGAGCCAGGACCGCAAAAACAAGACCCUGGAUGAUGAGCCAGUGCCCACGGGGAAGGAGUACCAAUGGCAGAACCGCCCUGUCUCUGAGUGGACCAAUCAGCAAAUCUGUCACUGGUUGAUGGGCAUGAACAUGGACCAAUACACUCCUGAGUUCACUGCCAAGGGUGUGGAUGGCCAUCAGCUCAUGCACCUGGACAGUGACAAGUUGAAGGCCCUGGGUGUGUCCAGCCAGAGUGACCGGGCCACCAUCAAGAAGAAGCUGAAGGACAUGAGGAAGGCCCAGGAGAAGCUGGAGAAACAGAGGGAGAAAAGGGAGAAGGAGGCACGACGCAGCGGGAGGCUGCCUCCCAACACUGACUCUGUCUGCUGAGCUUCCCUAGAGGUGACCCACUCUCUGUCGUAACAUAAUCCAAUGUCCCUCGGGUGAGGCAGGACAUUCAACGACCCCUGUAUCUGUUCUGUUUCACCUAUAGGCCUACGUAAGUGCCAUCCACUUCACAGUAGUUACUAAGAGAGCACAAGCACAGUCACACACAGUACUGAGACUAUAACGGCCAGUAAUGAUAAUGCUAGCUUAACAGUGUUGAUUUAAUGUGCCAAUUGGAAGAAUCAUCUGAAAAUAGCCCUAUUUGUCAUUGGGUUAUUCACAAGAACACACAAGCUGGCUCUGCUUUUUAAUCAAAUCAAACACACUGACAGUCCUGUUUCCAGCAGUAUCUGUAUCACGUCAUCAUUGUGAUAGAUUGGGGAAACGGGGAUUUCUGAAAGUGAUACUGUAAUAUUGACAAGUGUUGGAGACAUGACCAAUAACAAAACCCAACAUGUUUUUUACCACUAUAAAGCUAUAUAAGUACUUUUAUCCAUUUUAAAAGUUUCCAGAUAUGUAGUUGCAGCAUUUGUGCACAUUUACCCAUACAACACGUGGAAUGAAUUCAGUACGGCUUUGUGUUUUUUAUAUUGUAUUUUUGCUAGCAUAACUUUCCUGUAACCAUGUACAGAUCUUUUCUUGCCGGAACUUUGUACAGUUAUUGAGAUAAAAGCACUAUAUUGUCUUUUAAGCUUCAAAGCGUGAGAGGGUGUAUACAUUGUUUUAUUAACUGCAUAACUUUUAAAAAAUUAUUAAGGUUCAUAAUUUUAUAUACACUUUUUCUACUAAGUAGAAUAGCCACUAGGAUGAGAUAAUUUUUGCUAAAUGAAAGGAAUCAAGUAAUGACAACGAACAAUGCUGCUGAUCCCCUCCCCAACUGUGCCUGUUUCGAGAAUGGAGGAUGUACUACUCUGUGGUCCUAUUGUGCCGAAGAGGUUUACGUGUUGCUGAGAUGGUACCAAGACAUGCAAUAUUAUUGUACACUGCAUGCACUGCUUGCUGACAGGGUGUGGAGUCCAUGGAAGUGUGUGCGCCUGUGACAAUAAAUCCAUUGAAUGGUUGGCUGUGUCUGUUGGGUGCAUGUUGAGCUUGUCCAUACCCAAGCAUUUUUUUCAAUGUACAUUAUAAAUUCAAGAAUGAUUCGUUUAUAUUUUGGAUGUAAAAACACUAGUUUGAUUCCCUCCACUUGUUCUAAUACAAAGAGCUAGAUCUUAUUAUUCUAUUCAUGGUACAUAUUGUAAAAGCAGCAUAAAAUAAACAAAUUCUCACACCAGA